UAUACAUAUAGAAAAUUAUACAGAUUUGGUAGAUUUUGAGGAUUGGGAAACACUUGGAAUGUUUUGCGGUAAGAAAUGCUCCCUCUUCUGCCUCUUCAUAAGCAUCUGGGGCACAAUUCAGUUGCUGCUGAUGGGCAUGUCCUAUUCGCUCAACUCCGUGUCUAUGAUUCAAACGCUGCCGCUGAAGGAGACCUAUAAGAGUCUGCAGCAAUUUCGCACCGAGUGCGAUCACCUAAAUGGGACUCUGGCGUUACGUUGCUAUGUAGCUGCCAUGCUCUAUGCCUUAUUUGCACUCUGUUCCUACAUCUGUUUCUGCACCCGAAAGAGACGAGCGAACAUGCAGAAAAUCAAACCGAAAUCAAAGAAAGCACAAUUGAAGAAAAACCGUUUCACAUAACACUAGAUACUUAUAUGUAUGUGUAUUUAUAUAUAUUUUGUAGAU